ACACACACAGGAGAGAAACCUUAUAGCUGUGAUCAAUGUGGGAAGACUUAUAUUUCAUCUUGCCAUCUGACUAGACACCAGCGAGUACACACAGGAGAGAAAUCUUAUAGCUGUAAUCAAUGUGGGAAGAGUUUUACUCGGCCAGACAGCCUGAUAUCACACCAGAGAACACACACAGGAGAGAAACAAUAUAGCUGUAGUCAAUGUGGGACAAGAUUUGCUUGGCUAACCAGCCUAGUAUCACAUCAGAAAACACACACAGGAGAGAAACCUUAUAGCUGUGAUCAAUGUGGGAAGAGUUUUGCUGCAUCUGGCUCUCUGACUCUACACCAGAAAACACACACAGGAGAGAAACAUUAUAAGAAGACUUAUAGCUGUGGUCAAUGUGGGAAGAGUUUUACUACAUCUGGCUAUCUUACUCUACACCAAAGAACACACACAGGAGAGAAACCUUAUAGUUGUGGUCAAUGUGGGAAGAGUUUUACUACAUCUGGCUCUCUGACUCGACACCAGAGAAGACACACAGAAGAGAAACCUUCUAGCUGUGGUCAAUGUGGGAAGAGUUUUACUAGGUCAACCAGCCUCAUAUCACACCAGAGAAUCCACACAGGAGAGAAACCUUUUAGCUGUACUCAAUGUGGGAAGAGUUUUACUACAUCUGGCUAUCUUACUCUACACCAAAGAACACACACAGGAGAGAAACUUUAUAGCUGUGAUCAAUGUGGGAAGAGUUUUGCUGCAUCUGGCUCUCUGACUCUACACCAGAGAAUACACACAGGAGAGAAACCUUAUAGCUGUGAUCAAUGUGGGAGGAGUUUUGCUAAAUCUUUCUCUCUGACUCUACACCAGAGAAUACACACAGGAGAGAAACCUUAUAGCUGUGAUCAAUGUGGGAAGAGUUUUGCUGCAUCUGGCUCUCUGACUCGACACCAGAGAAGACACACAGGAGAGAAACCUUAUAGCUGUGGUCAAUGUGGGAAGAGUUUUACUACAUCUGGCUGUCUGACUCGACACCAGAGAACACAUACAGGAGAGAAACCUUAUAGCUGUGAUCAGUGUGACAAGAGAUUCUCCGGUAAAAGACAUCUGAUCAAACAU